AUGGCACUGAAAAAAGUAAGGAUCCCUGCUUUAGAGGAAAAGAAAAAGUUCAAGAUUAAUAUGUUUCCUCAAGAAGUUGUCCCAUUUUUGGCCUCAGGAGGCUUGCUCCUGGAUGAGCCCAGGGGUUAUUUUUAUAUCUGCUCCCUGGUGGGAAGGCAUCUUCCUCCAGCCAGUGUGGUCAGCGGGCUGCAGCCAGGGGGAGAGAGAGGGCCAAAGGGAAGGGAAGGGGAGGAAAAGGGAGGAAAAGGUAGGGAAGGGAGAGACCAGGACACAGGACAGCUCGGCUUCGCUGCCACAUCCUUCUCAUUCACAGCUCAGAUCAGAGAUCUGCCUCGUAAUUCUGUCACAGUUCUUGAACCUUGUUCUUCAAACUCUGCUUACCUGAAGUGUGACAUUCCAUCUAGGGAAGGUGGGACAGCAGUGUGA